AUGCCUAUCACGCGAGUCACUCUUUUCAAGGUCCCUGAGGAGGAACAUCGCCAGCAACUGUUGGCCAUGUACAAAACUAUGGCGCAAGACGCCUUAAAAGACGGAAAGCCCUACAUCCGCUCCGUCCGAGCCGGCUCGACAUUCGACGACCAGCGCCGCCAGGGAUACACUCUCGCCGUUGUGUCGGAAUUCGAUAGCGUUGAUGAUAUGAACUAUUAUGACAACGAUUGCAAGGCCCACGCCAAUCUGAAAGUGGUCGCAAAGAAUGUGCACCAAGGCGUUAUGAUGACCUUUUUCGAAUCUGUCACGAACUAA